CGGCCCAGCCGGACUGUGCACGAUUGGGUGUUGAGAUCGCUUACGCGUCGCGCUUCCUCGUCUGCUCCGCAUGUUCAGGGCGGCUUGCUCUCUUUUCCCUUCGGCAGAGAAGAGGCGAUGGCGGCGAUGGCAUCUUUCGGCGCCCUGGCGCUACUCCUGCUGUCCAGCUUAUCUUGCUGCUCAGCAGAAGCCUGCCUGGAGCCCCAGAUCACCCCUUCUUACUAUACAACCUCAGAUGCCGUCAUUUCUACAGAGACCGUAUUCAUCGUGGAGAUCUCACUGACUUGCAAGAACAGGGUCCAGAACAUGGCUCUUUAUGCUGACGUUAGUGGAAAACAGUUUCCUGUAACCCAGGGCCAGGAUGUGGGCCGAUAUCAGGCUCAGAGAAAUAAUGAGGACGUUUCCAUCAUCCCACCCCUGUUUACAGUCAGUGUGGAUCAUCGGGGCACCUGGAAUGGGCCUUGGGUCUCCACGGAAGUGCUGGCUGCAGUGAUCGGCAUAGUGAUCUACUACCUAGCCUUCAGUGCAAAGAGCCACAUCCAGGCCUGAGGGCAGCAUCCUCAGCCUUCUAUUGCUUCUUUCAAUAAACAGUUGCUAUCUGUCAUGAGUACAUUUAAGACACGGGACUCCUGUGUCUUUGGGGAGGGCUGGGAAUCCAGCUGCCCUUGUCUGCCUGGACAGUAGUGAUACUGAAUGGAUAAUUGUACUUUC